UCAAACAAAAAAACAGCGCAAUUUGAGUAGGUAUCCGCCCAAUCUGGCAUCCCUGUCUUUACGUGAUGCUUUGCGUGACUUGCGUCAACAGUGGACGGAAACAGAGAAAAACUGGACUGGUCCUGGAAUACACUUGGAGUGGAAUGGCAUUCUUGUGACAUCAUUUCUGACCUUACGCUGUUCGGAUCAGUCUAAUAUAUGAAACCCAUCACAGAAGAAACGCCUGAUCUAACCUUAUCGGACUAUAUCAUGUUGGCACCUGUUAGGACUGUAAGCACUGAGAAAGGGACAUGUCCUCUGCUGACUGUCCAGCCCACUCGAGCGCUGGUGGACGAGAAGUUUCAGAUUAUCAUAAUGAAUUUACUGCCAAAUCAAGAGGUGACACUACACUCUCUACAUCAGUCAGAAGACAAGGACUUCUGGGAGGCGUUUGGACACUACAUCAGUGAUGAACACGGAAUAGUGACAGUGGCAAAAGAUGUAAGUUUGGGAGGCACCUAUGAAGGCACAGAGCAGAUGGGGUUGCUAUGGAGCAUGAGGCCCAUACCAGGAAGUCGAUCUGGACUCAGGUUGCGUAAGACAAAUGUUCUUACACCGAUGGUAAUUCACAUUUCAGUAUACAGUGGGCAUCUAUCUCAAGGUUUCAGCGAGAUAACACCCCUUGCAACUAGCGUCACAGAACGCUGGUACGUUGCACCAGGUGUGGAGAGGGUGAAUGUCAGGGAGAAAGGAGUACGAGGAACUUUAUUUCUUCCUCCAGGCCCAGGGCCAUACCCAGGAGUGCUGGACCUAUGGGGAGGAGGUGGCGGUUUGGUCGAGUAUCGUUCCGCUCUGCUUGCAUCUCAUGGCUUUGCAUCUAUGGCACUUGAGUACCUCGCUCCAGAAGAGCUGAGAACAGCUGAUGUUGAUGUGUCGUACUUUGAGAAAGCAUACCAGAUUUUGCAAAAUCAUCCGAAGGUACAGAAGGAUCGUAUGGCAAUGCUUGGGCUGUCUUUUGGAAGUGCCAUCACACUCAGUAUGGCAGUCUACUCCAAAGUCAUCAAGCCCCAGUGCUGUGUGUGUAUCAGCGGAAGUCAUGUGGUUCCUAUUGAUAAAUCUCUUUUUGAAGUCUUUGAGGAGAUAAAAAAGCAUAUGGAUAAGGUACGUUUCAAUGAAGAGAGCCAGGUAAUACAAAGAGACAUCAUCUUGCCGAUUCCCUCAGACCCAGCUCUCAAGGUGGAUGUUGGGAGAAUAAAGUGUCCUCUUCUAUUGCUGAAUGGUGGUGAUGAUCAGAACUGGGCUUCUGUUGAAUCUGCUGCAGAUAUGGAGAUGAUGAUGGAGAAAGCUGGAAAUCGGCACUUGUUGACAGUCCUAACGUAUCCUGAUGCUGGUCAUCUGAUUGAACCUCCGUACUCACCUCACUUCCGAGCAACUAACUUCAUGCUGCAAAAAAUGAGAGAGAAAAUUGUCAUGCUAUGGGGUGGACAGACCAAACCGCACGCUUACGCACAAGAGGACGCAUGGAAUAAGAUAUUAGCAUUUCUGCGGCAGCACCUCUGCUUGAGUUCAAACUUUACAGUAAAGGCCAAACUGUAGUUCUGUCAUUUACAACACUGAUAUGAGUUCAGCUUUAUUUCAGAUGCUUCUAAUUGCAAUGGUAAUGUUCAUAAUGAUUGCCACCACUGUUACAUUAUCUGUAUCGGUAUCUGUAGUAAAUAAAAGUGGACAAUAAGUAUUACUUUUUAUGAAAUACAUUUAGUAGAAAUUAUACAUAAUGCAUUAUUGAUGUUUGCAGUAGCAGUGUAUAUAAAUAUAGCAUUAUUACAUGGUUUUGAUAACACUUGAUUAAAGGAAUUACAAACAGUUUAGGUUUAGGCAAGAUUUCUUCAUUUUUUUCAUUUUGUACCCUCUUUCUAAGCAUGGCUUUAGUUGAUUUCAUUAUCUAAUUUUUUUUUUUUUUUUUUUUUUUUUUUAAAAGAAUGAUUUCUAUUUUCUAAAGUGAAUAUCAUAAUUAUUACAUAAUUAUGAUGGUCAGUAUUUUAAACAAAAGAAUUGAUGCAAAAGCCUUAAGAUUUUAAAAUAUUUGAGUGAUUCUGUAAUUGCUUGAAGUAAAAAGUUGUUUUUGCCAUGUCCAAUUUCAUGUUUUUACAUUUACAGAUCAGUUGUGGAUGAAUAAAUAUGCUGUAUUAAAAUACUUUUCUUUUAAAAA